AUGAUUGUAUGUUCAUUACAUCCAUCAUUAGUGAUGUUUCUCUUCGGUUGUGCAACAUUGCAUCGUAUUCGCUACCGUCGGCGAAUUCAGCCAUCGGAUAGUCAACAUAAUUAUGAAAUUCACCGUACGAAUCGUCAGUUACUACACAUGCUAACUCUUCAAGUCGUCAUCGUUAUCGUUUCAACAUCAUCAUUUUAUCUCUAUAAAUUGCAUAGAGGCAUAAUUGAUCCAUUCGACUUCUUCGUUGUUGUCAAUAGUACAAUGGAAAUUACUCAAGUAUAUUCAGCAUUCUAA